AGUGCUACCUCAGCGUCGACCGCAACGUCUUACGCGAGCCUCUGUUGUGCUCGCUUUUGACUUGUUAUCCCAUCUACGACAUGUGCGAAGACCCCUUUCACCUCUGUGCCCAUGUGUCUCUGCAGCAACCAAAAUGUUCUCAACCUACCCAGCAUUCAUCUUCACCUCACGCCCGCCUCGCCUCUUGCACCGCCCGUCGAGCAGGCGACGCUGAACCUUGCCGUGUCGACCGCUGAAGCCGUGCUUUCGUCGUCGCACACCCAGAAACUGAGCAGCGUAGUACCAACAUGUCCGCCGCCGGAACACCUUACACUCGCCUCCCCGUAGCCGUCCCCCAGGAAACGGUCGAAGCCACGCCGUUGGCCAGUCCGGAUGACCUCGUCAAGACAUACCUGCUGCAUGUCACCUCCGAACUCCUCGCCAUUCAAGCCUCGACGACUUCGUUCGGGGCAUCGUCUACCGACCGCUAUAGCCCUUCACUUCAGGUGCUCCACGCCCGUCUCCAAGACGGACACCACUCACCUUUCCCCGGACUCGAGAAUCGCAGCGGUAACGCCUUCACCCGGAAAGGGAAGGCACACCGGGUAGCGGUCCCCUCGCCAAUGGUUCGACCACUAGGAGACUUCGAGGACAUGUACUACGCAAUCCUGGCCACGGUCAAGGAAACCCACGAUUCCAUCAUCUUGAGGCUGAACAACGGUUUCGUCGACCCGAACGCAUUGCUCUUCCCCUCGUCCCAGCACACGAUUCACUUUUUUCAAGAGUGGCUCGCGCACCAGUGGACAAUUCUCAACGAGCCGUCUCUUGUGCGAGCUCUCGACAUCGCAGUCCGGGAGGCUCUCGUCGACGGCCAUCUUUGCCAGGGACUACGUAGUCAAGUGGACUCCGGACAGAUCACACACGAACAGGCGGAGACCGCACGCGCGCAUCUGUAUCAGUCAGAUGUCUUCGCCGAUAUGCCCGGACUGAGCUGGGUGGGCAACGAGCAUUCCGCCAUGAUCAACGGCCGCUUGAACGAGAAGUAUCGCGUGGUGUUUCAGGCGGAGAAGCAGGCGCACGAGAAGAAGAUAAGAAUGGCCAAGAAAAGGGAGAGGAUUCAGAAGACCGCAAAGAUCGGCCCCAAAGCAUGUGGUCGUCGUGGAUCCGGAGAGUAUCGUCGACAGCAACAGCAGGUCAUGGCAGAGCAAGCACAGCAAGCCGCAGACAUGUUACCGACAUCGAUGGGAAAACAGUCGCCUCGCAGCGAGGCAGAACAAGCGAAACAAGCGCACGACAUAGCACGCCAAACACCGCAAGUCGAUCACAGUGACAUAUCGUUAUUCCAAGAAGAAGUUGAAGCUUGGCGCCUCUAUACGCAACAACUAAUGUCCUCUCGGCGCGAGACACAGCUGCGGUACCACGAGGACGAGUUGCGGCGGAAGACUCCUCCGGCGGCUACCGAGCAAGCCCUCCAAGCUUUACCGGACAGCUUACGCAGUGGGGCAGUGUCGUGUACCCCACAACGUCAAAGCCACGCACGUACUGUCACUCAGCCUCACGCCGCACACGUGCAGCAAGACACCUCAGAUGCAGGCCAUGCGGGCCCGGAGCGUACCUUCCCCGGUGCUAGUCCAAGAGAAAAACGGAAGCAGCGAGUGACGGAAUACCAGGCUUGGUUAAGAGAGUCUGCAAGCGACCAUGCGAGGACGAGGAUGAUGGGGCAGAGGCGUCAAACCCAAGCCCAGGCAUCGGACGUGAGCGACGUUUCACUGCAGGCUUUCAACGGUGCCGAAGCCCCGAUGGACAUGGAUGGUGACGGAGGAUUCUAAGGUGAGGCAGGCGGAAAAGACCUUGUUUCUGGGGGAGCCACUGGGACAUUUGGGCAGACAUGCGGGAAAUUUGGAAUGGACGGGAUGGGAUGGUUCAAGGGUGGAGCGGGGAGCGGGAUGUGAAGUCCACCAAAGCGUAAUGGCUGGACGUAAGUUCCGGUCUGCAUACGCAGGUAGAUAGUUACUCCUUAGGUAGGCAGUAGAUAGAGACGACCCCACGGCACCUACGAUGCACUCUGCACCCACAGCACCCACGACAUCCGCACCGUUCCCCUGCUCGUCUCAACAAAGCC